AAGCUCCAGGAGGAUGCCUCAAACUGAGAUAAAAUGAGCCCUAACUGAGACCCUUAAUUAAGUCCCUGGUGCUGAAAACAGGGGAGCCCCCACCUGAGGGCCCUGGGCUGCCCCACCAAUUAGCAGAGCCAGCAGCUCAUCAGGGUAAUGAGGAGCAGUGGGGCAGGACCUAUAAGUACCCUGAAGGCCACAGGGGGGUUAAGCCAGGUUUGUGUCCAGUCUAGGCUCUAUGGAGCAGCCCCCAAAGCAGGUCUGGCCUCUGACCAAGGGGGGCUUUUGCUGAGGGCACUCUCAGAGCUGGGCUGGAGGCUCUGACCUUUCUCUUUCUCCCUUUCCAGAUGAGGCCCCCCACCAGCAGUGAUUCCUUCUCCAGCAGGUUCCUGGGCCAGAUCCUUCAGCUCAGCUUGGCCAAGUACCCGCUGAAGCUCCUUCAGAAAGCAUCUGUCUGGAUUGGAGUGGUGCUCCCUGUCGGCACCAUCAGGAGCAAACUCUGCCCCCAGUCCCCCAGCAGGCCUGGGCUGCUGGCCAGGAGGCGCUGGGGGAAGCUCGUGCACCUUCUGUUCUCUGUGACUCCCACCAGCAUCCAGAACUUCCUGGGCUACCUCCCAGCAGACUGGGGCCAGAGCAAUAUAUCCAAGGAGAUCCAGGAGGCUCCCGUCAACCCAGCCAGCAAAGCCAGCAAGAGGAAGAGGGAUGAUGUGGAUCUGGAGCAGCAGGAGCCCUGGUUUGUGGUGCUGAAGAGGGAUUUGCCAGAGGAUGACCCUGAAGAUGUCUCAUAUGAGCCCUCGGAGCUGGAGUCGGACAGUGACGAGUACCAGUCCCAAAAUGACACCGACCUGGAGCUGGAGGAGCAGGGUGGGGUCACCGUGCUGAAGCUCUCCGCUGUCCAGGGCUCCGUGCUGCCCCCAGAGCCGGGAGCAGAGGAUCCAGCUGUGGCCAGCAGUGGGGGAGAUGCUCCAGAUGUGGCCGGUGGUGAUGCCCAGAAGCCACAAGGAGAUGGGAGCAGUGAGCAGGAGUCUGACACAGCCUGUGACACCAGCUCAUCCCAGGAUGGGGGAAACGAAGAAGCCUGACUUGUGCACCUGGACCUUCUGGGGCUGCAGUGUGCCUGAUUCCCUGGGACAGCUGUGUCCCUGAGGGGGAUGUGCAGUUAAAUGCUGUGUUCAUGUUGUUUGUUUCCUUUUUCUGAAGUUUAUAAUAAAAUUGCCCUAUUUUUUCACAUUAACUGGGCUCUAUUGGUACCUGGAGCUGGCAUUACAGGGUGUGGGGCUGCCAGGGGCACCUUUCCCUCUGAUUCCUCCUGGGGAGGGGUUCCUCAGGAUGCCUGGGAGAGGGGGAUGGCUCUGGGAAUGCUGGAAUGUGAUGGGAGGGCAGAAUUGAAGGUGCAGAGAGGCUGGGCAGCACUGUGGCUUUCCAUGGGGCAGUCCCUGAGCUUUGGACACCCAGGCUGUUCCCUGGGCUGGCUGGUGCCUCCAGGGAAUCUCCUCUCUUCUGACAUCCCCAAGAACACUGGAAUAACCCC